AUGACGGCCUCAACGCACUCGCAUUCACAUGCUGGCCACUCGCACCUGCACCACCACCAUCACCACGACAACACCUUUCUGCUGUCCAAGAACAAGAGUGAUGCUGGUGUGCGCAUUACCAGAGUCGGCCUCUAUGUCAACCUGGGCAUGGCCAUCAGCAAGGGCUUUGGCGGAUACGUCUUCAAUAGCCAGGCACUCGUGGCCGACGCCAUUCACAGCCUUACCGACCUCGUUAGCGACAUUAUGACGCUCGCAACCGUCGGCUGGUCCCUCAAGCCGCCCACAAGUCGCUUUCCCAGUGGAUACGGAAAGGUCGAGAGCUUGGGGUCGCUGGGAGUCAGCGGCAUUCUACUCGGUGGAGGCUUCUUCAUGGGCUGGACCGCCCUCAUCGCCCUCUGUCAGCAAUUCUUCCCCGGCGCUGCCGAAGUCGCGGAACACUGGGGUCUGCUACCACACCAUCACCAUCACCAUCAUGGCAUUGAGAGUAUGGGCCCAAAUAUCAACGCCAUCUGGCUCGCUGCUGGCUCAAUUGUGAUCAAGGAAUGGCUAUACCGAGCGACACUCAAAAUCGCUGAAGAGCGCAAGUCUACUGUCCUCGCUUCCAAUGCUUACCAUCACCGCGUCGACUCUCUCACAGCCUUUGUCGCCCUUCUUCUGAUUGCCGGCUCAAAUGUUUUCAACAACGCACAAUGGCUUGACCCUGUUGGUGGACUGGUCAUCUCUCUCAUGGUCGUCCAAGCAGGUUGGGGCAACACUAAGCAAGCACUGUUGGAAUUGGCCGAUGUGGGAGUGGAUCAGGAGAUGAAGGACAAUGUCCGAAAGGCAGCAACCAAAGCUCUCGAGAGCAUCACAACCACAGCCGAGCCAGUAAAUGUACGGGCAAUCCAAGGUGUCAAAGCGGGUCAGAACUACCUCAUGGAUAUUGAACUCGGCGUAGCUGGCGCAUGGACGGUCGAGCAGACACGUAGAGUGGAGGACACUGUCCGAGAACAGGUGGGCGCUCAAGUACGGGGAGUGAAGAAGGUUCGCGUCCGGUUCGUGAGCAAUACAGCAAAGGAACCAGACUUCUUGGAUGAGUUUAUACCAGGAGACACCACUAUAUCGCCAGGCUCAGAAUCAGAAGCAAAGCACGACCACGCACAUGAGCAUGAUCACAGCCAUGAUCAUGAGUACAACACUACAACCGACGGUGCAAGGCGAAGGAAAUGA